UAUGGGAAAAAUUAAUCAUCGUUCGAUUGUGGGAUACAAAUAUGCCGGUGAAAAGUUUUGAAAACGUUUCAACGAAUGCAACUAAAGUGUUUUGAAAAAAGUAUAUGUUAAGUAUAGUAAUAGUAGAUUAGUAUGCGUGUCUUUACAUAGAAGAAAUACAGCGUGCAGCGUCCGCAUGGAAGUUGUGCAACCGCGACGCGCGUACACGCGACGUAAUACGGAUAUAAUUGUUCAACACGAUUGUAUAAUACGGCUUCGAAUGUGGAUCCAGUCAUUGCCGGAACGUCGUUCCGAUGCCAUGCUAACAUAAAAGUGUUAUUUCUUCUCGACAUUUUGCCACAUUUAUUGCAAAUUGUCGGAAGAACAAUAAAUUUGUGUAAAGUGGAACGCGCGUUUGAAACUGGUCGUGUGUCUGGCUCCUCCUCUGUGGUUUACAUAAUCAAACAACUGUGGUAUAGAACUUGUUUCGUAGUGACUGUGACGGUUGUGUAGAAUAGAUAAUCGAUGUUUCAUCGUGUUUAAAUGUAAAAAAGAAAAGAAUAAAAAGAAUAAAAAAUAAAAAAAAUCGAGGAAAAAGUAUGACGAAAGAAGAAGAAGAAGAAAAAGUGGUUGUGAAUCGUUUGGUCGAACGAUUGGACGUCAUCAUCAUCUUCGGUUUAACAUCGAAUACUCUUUUUCUCUAUCUCUCUUGUUAUUCUUAAGACGAGUUUUUACGAGUUUGUAACAUUUCAAAUUGGCUUUAUUAGUUAUUACGUUCUUGCUAUUUGUUAUGUGUUUCUAUAGAGUCUAUCGUUUUGCGAAUGAACUAAACGAUCGUGCGCGAGACUGUGUUUACGCAGUAAACUGUAUUUACAUUCUGUUAACUAGGUAACUAAACAUUAGGCGAUCAAUAAUAAUAAUAAUAAUAAUAAUAAUAAUAAUAAUAAUAAUCGAUACUAAAACGAUUUCGAGUCUUUGACACACGCCAAAAGGGAAAACUAUAUUUUAUAUUUAUUAUUGCUUUAUAUAGUCGUUAAAUAAUAUGAAUAUAUUAGUGAUUAAUACGAUUAGAUAUAGGAAAAUCACAUCUCGAGGUAGAAAUUAUUAGUGUGUUUAUUAUCUAAGGAACCUUGAAAAUUUCUCUUCUCUGUGUCGUGUCGUGUGUAUCGAUAGCAAAUAAAACGCAUUGCACGCACACACCGCCGCGGCGUUGUUCUCUUGCGAAAAAAAAAAAAAAAAAAAAAAAAAAAAAAAUAUAAAAAAAAACGGAAACACGGAUAGGAGGAUUUUAUUCCAAAUGAAAAAAAGGAAAAAGAAAAAAGGAUGCGUCGAGAAGAACUCUAAACAUUGUGUUCUAGAUCGAAACACGAACUUCGCUAGAGCGUAACAUUCCCAUGAAAGGAUUCCCUCCGAUGUCGAAGAGAAAACGUUUGCUCAGAGAGAAAAGUUUCACGAAUCUGUUCGGAAAUACUUUCCAUAAUCAAUAAGAUACAUAUAUACACAUAUAUAUUUAUAAUUAACAAUAAGUGACAAUUAUUUGAUUUGAUUUGAUUUAAGUUAUUCGAUAAUGGAAUUUCAAAUAUAUUGCGCAUUUGAAAAAAGUGAUAAAAGUUGAAAUGGUAUAAAAAGAUACUUUGUGAAAGAUCUGAGAUUGUUUUCCGCUCGGAUAAUUGGAUUUUCUUUGAAAUUGAAAUGAACGAGGUGCGUCAUGUCUGGACUAGCUUACGAUCGUCAUCGAGAAGUUCGACAUUAAAUUCUAAUAUGAGUAACGAAGGUAAUAGUAAUCGAGCCUCGACUUCUACUUGGUACGAUAUACCGGCACCGAUAAUAAUACACUGUCGUGAUUUUCGCGAGAACGAAAUUGAAAUGAUUAAUGAUAACAAAAUGGAAGAUCAAAAGUGUCGAGAAGAAGAUAACGAUAAAACUGUGCGCGUUGUAUCUUCGAAAAAUGAAAUUCACGUUGAAGAAGAAGCAUUAUACGAAAAUAAUUUAGAUAUAGUAAGAUACGAGAGUAGUAAUAGUAAUACUAAAGAUAUUCAAGAUGAAUCGAGAUUAUUGAAAAUUAUCUCGAACGAUUCUAAAACGAACGAGGAACAAGUUUCAUUGGAAGAUAAGAAUAAGAAACAUAGUAAUAGCGUUGAAUUAAUGGCAACUAGUUUGGUGAAAACCGACGAGCACGGUAUGCCAACGAUUAGUUUCAGCUUUCUUCAAGGUGAUGAAUUACUCGAAAGGAAUACCCACAAUCAAAUAGAUGAGAUCAAGAUGGAUGAUAAGAAAAAUGUUAUUGAGGAAGAUUCAAUGCUUCUGGAUAGAUUGUACGAUUUUCCUAAAAAAACUUCCAACGACAAUGAUAAGGAAUGUCGUCGUAUCGAUGAAAAUUCUGAUGACGUAAUCGCCGGGGAAUUAUACGACAAACCAAAAACAACAUUGUCGAGUCAAAAAUUAUUCGAAGUUUCGCGAAAGGAAGAUAACGAUAUGACGACCGACAAAGAGAUAACUAUCACCGAAAGAAAAUUUAUAAGAACUGCGAAUACCUUGCACGGAUCUUCCGUUAGAUCGUUGAAAUGGAAAAAGAGUCGUAAAAAUUCGGAUAAUAAUAUGGGAAUAACAUCUUCGACAUCCGGUUGUUAUUCGGAUCCCGAAUGUUCAAACGAUACUGCGUCUAAUGCAUCGCGUGGACGUCUGAGAUUGGAAAAACGUAAAUUGGGUAAAGCUUGGGGAAAAAUGAGGAAUUGGUUGAAAGACGAGAAGAGUAAAUUCAGCGAAGUUAUUCAGCGACACGCUCGAAUGCAGAACGUCGGUGCGAUGAUCAAUGACCCUAACGACGAUCACGAUUUAUCUUUCAAGGACAAUAAAUUGAGCAAAAGCACGAGACACGCUUCUUACGAUUUAACCAAAGCUCGAACCCAACAAUUGGGUUCUAUCACGAGGGUCGAGGAAUUUGGUUUAUCUUCUAUUACGAAAGAAGAAAUUAACGAAGAUCGUGAAAAUUCGUCAAACGUGAAUAUACGUUCGAAUUCAGUCUCCCCAGAUUCAGUUUUUAUCGAUGACACGAAUCCGGAAGAGGAUUCCCCAACAACCGGCAGAAGAAAGGUAUUCUCUAAAACUGCUAGCUCCGAUGAUAUUGUUGGUAAUGGAAAGAGGAGUCCGCUUCUACCGGUCUCCUUCAGCAUGGACAAACUAUGUUCUGAUACGGAAAACGAUGAGACUAGUGCUCGUAGCACCGAGCUCGAAACGACAAGGGAUCGCGCUGGGAAAGGCGGCAUGAUUAAGAAGAGAAUGUUGGGGUCAAUCAGGGGGUUAAUGGCCUCAACUCAUCUCCUACAGACCAACGAUAUUCACGAAGAGGGAGGUCAAAGUGGAUUCGAAGAUAUUCGGAGAUAUGUUAAACAAGGUGGAGAUUUUUGCAAAGAGUUGGCCUCGAUUCUUCACGAAAGGGCUGAACUGGAAGCAACGUAUGCUAAAGGGUUAAGUAAAUUGAGCGGUAAAUUAACGAAGGCUUGUUCCAAAGAUCAAAGUGGAAACAGUAAUGGAGGUGUGAACGAAGCAUGGAGAUGCGUCGGAGAAGAAAUGGAAGCUGCCGCUGAAGCCCAUAGAGUAUGGGGUAUUGCGUUAGGCGAACAACUAGCUAAACCUUUGAGAGUGGGCGUGGCAGAGGCUCAAGGUCGUUCGAGAAAAUCCAUUGAAAAUUCCGUGGACAAGGCAUUAAAGUCUCUACAGGAAUGGCGUAACAUUGCAUCAAAGACCAAGAAACAAAGUUUUGCUUGUGCGAGAGAGAACGAAAGGCUGCAGGAUUUGGCGAGGCUCCAAUCGAUCAGUCAAAGCCAACAAAAUAACAAUAAAUCGUCUAAUCAUCAUAUGACGGAAAAAGAAGCGAAUAAAUUAGAAGCUAGGAGGAGGAAAGCCGAAGACUCUUCUCGUAGAGCUGAUACCGAAUUUUACACGGUGAGCGUAAGAGCCGAAAGAGCUAGAUUGGAAUAUGAAAAUACUGUGAGAAAAGGAUCUAAACAAAUGGAACUCCUCGAAGAGGAACGUUUGAGCGCUUUGAAAGAUCUUGCCAAUGUUUAUUUGGCACAUCUGCAGGCUCUUGCUCCCCGUUUGCAACAGAGUGCCGAUCGCGUAUCGACACCUGUAAGAAAUUGUAACGUAUCUCAAGACGUGGAAAUUUUGAAGAAUCUUAUACGUAGAACUGAAAGUAAUGAUACGGUCAAUGCAGAACAAUUACUUCCAGAUUUUUAUGCAGAACAUAUAACGUUAGCGAUGAACAGAGAACGAAGAAAACAAUCGUUAGUUAGAAUUCUACAUUUAAUAAGACAAGAUUUAGAAAGAGAAAGGCGAGGAAGGGAAGGAUUGGAGACUUUGCAUAGAGCUUUUAUCAAGACACCUGCGUUUGCAGCUGAUGAAAGUACACAAAAUGUUACGGACAAAUUGCAUCAUAUGCGUUCCAUGUUAUUAUAUUUGGAAGCAGCAAGAUAUAAGGUUGGUGGAACGUUAGCGGAAGUUGAAGGUAGCAAAAGAAAUAAGCACCCAUUAGCAGAACACAUAUUAGUCUCUAGAGAUAAACAAGGACUUCAGCAAAGUGUUCUCAAGAUUCCUUCUUGGGCAAGGAAUGAAUCUUUUGAGAUACAAGAUAUCGAUGAUGAAAUAGAAGUACAUUUAGUAAAGGGACAUGAAACUGAGAAUCGAGACUGGACAGAUAGAACGGCUGGUGAUGGUAAUUCUGAAAAUCCACCAGAUGAAGAAGACUUCAGCGAUUUUGACGAAUUCAGUAGUCAUUCGGAAGACAAUAAUAAUCAAGACGUUGACGUUACGGAUGAAACACCUAAAUCAGAUAGAACAGAACAGUGCAGGGCAAUAUAUCAUUAUGCUGCAAAUCUCAAUGACGAAUUGAGCCUGAAUCCUGGCGAUUUAAUAACUGUUCAUCGAAAACAGGCAGAUGGUUGGUGGAUCGGUGAAUGCAGAGGACGAACUGGAAUCUUCCCUGCCACAUAUGUCCAAGUAAUACAUUAAAAGAUGUUCUUCAUCACUCAAUGUAUUUUUAUAAUUUUUCUGUAAACACACAUAUAAUUAUUAUUUAUCAAAUACCAAGGAACAAAGUGCCAAUGAUUACAAAUUAAAACGACGAUAUAAACGCACAAAAUACGUGAUUAAACCAUAAUUAGCUUUAAACAUACAAUUUAAUUAAUGUUACCAACCAUGUUAUAGAAAUAUAACAGGUACUUGUGCAGUAACAAAUAUUGAUGUCCUUAUGCAAUUUGUUCUUUUUACAUUUAUAACUAUUUAACUUAAAUGAUUUUAUAACGCUAUGAGCUAACUGGUUAAAUCUUUUGUCAUUAAAAAUUGUAUAUAAAUGUUGCCAAUUGUAAAUAUUAGUCAAAAUGUAAUUUAAAUGCGAUGCGUAUUAAUAUAAAUGCUCUAUAUAUAUAAAUAGUAUUUUUAAGAUAAACAAAAUGCAUUUAUUUAUGUAAAUAAUAUCUGUAUGUAUCAGCGCCGUCUAGCCCUGUUGGACAGCGCUGGUAUAUAUAAUAAAAUAAUGUAUUUCCCUUUCUCU